ACGCGGAAAGCAGGAAGCGCGCCAUUGAAGAACCACAACGUGAAUAUUUCGAGUUUCUUGUCUUCCUUCGAGUGAAACGUUUUGACAAUUGUUUUUAGGACAACAAAGCGUAAACCCACAAAGCUUAAACCCAUAACGAGGAUGGCGUACAGAGGACAAGGACAGAAAGUCCAGAAGGUUAUGGUGCAGCCUAUUAACCUUAUUUUCAGGUAUCUACAGAACCGCUCUCGUAUCCAAGUGUGGCUGUAUGAACAGGUGAACAUGCGGAUAGAAGGCUGCAUCAUCGGCUUUGAUGAAUACAUGAACCUGGUUCUGGAUGAUGCUGAGGAGGUUCACAUGAAGACCAAGAACAGGAAGCCCUUGGGGAGGAUCAUGCUGAAAGGAGAUAACAUCACCCUGCUACAGAGUGUAGCCACCUAACUCAACCCAACAGGACCAAGUCCAUCCAUCUCCAGCCGACAUACAUUUUCUAGGAUAUUUCUUUCCCCUUUUUGGUUUUU